GGUCGGGCCGAGCCGAUGCUGGCGGCUGAGCCCGCAGCUGCUGGGGCCAUGUCCCAGCCCGAGGCGGAGCGGGUGGGUAGCGGCUCCACGCCGAAGCCGGAGGUGGAGCAGGAGCUGGAGCCGGAGCCGGAGCCGGGGCCGGAGCCGGGGCUACCCGGGAGGACCCCGCACCGCAGCCGCGGCCGGAGGCCCUCAGGACGCGAUUCCCGCCGCGCGUCCUCCCGCUUCAACCGGCGGAGCUCGGCCGACCUGGAGCUGCUGGGGUACCCGGCACCGGGCGGGGGGUCGCCGCCGCCUCCGCCGUCGGGCGCCGCUGGGCGCCGAGAGCCGGAGGAAACGGAGAGCGAGGAGGUGGAGACGCGGGCGGUCGCCACCUCCCCCGACGGCCGGUUCCUCAAGUUCGACAUCGAGAUCGGCCGCGGCUCCUUCAAGACCGUCUACAAGGGGCUGGACACGGAGACCACAGUGGAGGUGGCCUGGUGCGAGUUGCAGACGCGGAAGCUGUCGAAGACGGAGCGGCAGCGGUUCAGCGAGGAGGUGGAGAUGCUGAAGGGGCUGCAGCACCCCAACAUCGUCCGCUUCUACGACUCCUGGAAGUCAUCCAUCAAAGGCCAGGUCUGCAUCGUGCUGGUGACAGAGCUCAUGACAUCUGGCACCCUGAAAACCUAUCUGAAGCGGUUCAAGGAGAUGAAGCUGAAGGUGCUGCAGCGCUGGAGCCGGCAGAUCCUCAAGGGGCUGCACUUCCUGCACACUCGCUCGCCCCCCAUCAUCCACCGGGACCUCAAGUGUGACAACAUCUUCAUCACCGGCCCCACCGGCUCCGUCAAGAUCGGGGACCUGGGCCUGGCCACGCUCAAGAGAGCCUCCUUCGCCAAGAGCGUCAUAGGCACCCCUGAGUUCAUGGCUCCAGAGAUGUACGAGGAGAAGUACGACGAGGCCGUGGACGUCUAUGCCUUUGGGAUGUGCAUGCUGGAGAUGGCUACCUCGGAGUACCCCUACUCCGAGUGCCAGAACGCUGCCCAGAUCUACCGCAAGGUCACCUCGGGCCUGAAGCCCAGCAGCUUCUACAAGGUGAAGGUGCCAGAGCUGAAGGAGAUCAUCGAGGGCUGCAUCCGCAUGGACAAGAACGAGAGAUACACCAUCCAGGACCUUCUGGAGCACUCCUUCUUCCAGGAGGACACCGGGGUGCAUGUGGAGCUGGCUGAGGAGGAUGAUGGCAUCAAGUCUGGGCUCAAGCUCUGGCUGCGCAUGGACGACACCAAGAAGCUGCACGGCAAGUACAAGGACAACAAUGCCAUCGAGUUCCUCUUCGAGCUCUACAAGGACGUGGCAGAAGAGGUGGCCCAGGAGAUGGUGGUCCUGGGCUUUGUCUGCGAGGCCGACUACAAGCUGGUGGCCAAGGCGGUGCGGGACCGCGUGGUGGCCAUCAAGCGGAAACGGGAGAAGCUGAGGCGUGCCCAGGGGGUGCCCCUGCCCGUGGAGCCCGAGCUGCCACCCGGUGUCCCCACGCCUGCCCUGGCCACUGCUGGCUCUGGGGACUCCAUCUUCAGCAGCACCUUCGCCCCAGAGCCUGAGGAGCCCGAGGCUGACCAGCACCAGCACUUCACCUACCGGCACACCAGCUACUCCUCGGCCACCUCCGACUGCGAGACUGACGGCUACCUGAGCUCCUCUGGCUUCCUGGACUCCCCCGACCUGGCCCGUAGCAGCUUCUCGGCGGGGGACCCUGCCAGCCCACCCCCCACCCGCCCUGGGCGCUGCUUCCCUACUAGCAUCGCAGUGCAGCUGCCCACCGAGCGCCUGCCCCCCGCCAGCGGCUUCUCCUCCCCGGUGGACAGCUACCCCUCAGACGUGGCGUCCGGCAUGAGCGACGGCUACGAGGGGCUCUCGGCCAGCGAGCGCAGCGCCAAGCCGCCGCCCAAGCGAGCCGCGGGGAAGCUGCUGCGGCGCAGAGCCCGCUCCAGGCUGCGCAUCACCAACAUCUCUGACAAGAGCGACCGAGUGGUGGAGUGCCAGCUGCAGACCUACAACAACAAGAUGGUGACCUUCAAGUUUGACCUGGAUGGGGACAACCCAGAGGAAAUCGCAGCCGUCAUGGUCCACAACGAGUUCAUCCUCAAGUCGGAGCGGGAUGGCUUUGUGCACCGCAUCCGGGACAUCAUCCACCGUGUGGAGACUCUGCUCCGCAAGGACGGACGCGGCGCUGCCGAGCUGCCGGAGAGCCCCGAGGCCGAGCGUGGCACAGGCAGCCCCCAGGUGGACCUGCAGCUGCAGGACCUCUCUCACUCCAUCUCCUCCUCAUCCUCACUCAGUGAUCUGGGUUGCACCAGUCCCAGCCUCUCAGUCCAGUCCCCUGUCCUGCCAUCACUCAGCAGCUCCAUGUUGGAGCAGGACCCCUCCAGCCCUGUGGAGCUGCUGGCAGCCUCAGCACCCGGGGAGCUGUGGGCACCACUGCCAGGCUCCCCUACAGGCUCUGUGCAGACCUGGCCUCUGGGCUCAAUGGCUCCCUCCUGGCUGACAACAUCGCCGGUGGUCCCGCAGACCCCCCCGAGUCCCCCAGUGGACCCUGUCCCACCAGCCCUGCCCCGAGACCUCCUGCCCCCACUGCCGGUCCCCACGUCCCCGGUCCCCAGUGGGCCCAGCAGUCCCCUGACCUCCCCUGUGACCAGCACAGCCUGGUCCCCCACCGCCCCGUUCCUGUCCCUGGCCAAUGUCUUUUCCCUGGCAGUGAUGAGCGUGGCCCACACCCUGCUGCCUGCUGUCUCCUCCAUCGCCAGCUCGGGUGGGCAUCUCUAUCCCCCACUGCUGCCAAGGCCACAGAGCCUGCUCCUGGGCCCCCCACGCUUUGUCCACCCCAACCCCACCAGCAUGGCCAAGCCAGCCCCGCGCUGUGAUGGGACUGGAGAGUCGGUGUGCACGGACGUCCCCACUGCUGAGGGGCCCAUGCCAUUCCCUCCCAGGGCAGCAGCCCCACCAUGCCCUGCAAACAAUGAGGCUAUGGGGACCCCUCUGCUACCACAGAACAGGCCUGCACGGGGGAGCCUGGAGGGCAGUGUGGUGCCACCCAACUCCCCCAAGCCCAGCCUCGUCGUCUCAGAGUCGCCAACCCCCAGCACAGCUGAGGCCCGGCUCUCGCCCAUCAACGAAGAAGCCAAGCCCCAGAUCCUGGGACGGUUCCAGGUGAUACCAACCAAGGAGCCGGUUGUGCCCUCCCCGGCGCCGGGCAGCAGCGAGGGCAGCAGCGAGGGGGAGCAGCCUGGCACGGAGGCGCUGGCCGGUGGCUCCCCCCCACCCGCGGCCCCUGGCGGCACAAGCAGCGACUCAGAGUCGGCUCUGGAGAGGGCAGAGCAGGAGCCCCAGGCUGAGCAGGCAUUGCCUGAGGAGGGCACAGUGGCACCGGCAGAGAGUGACCGGGAGGGCCCCGGGGAGGAGGGCACAGAGAGCCUGCCGCAGGCUGUGGUGAGCCAGGUGUGGCUGAGCUACCCUCGCAGCCUGUCCUACCUGAGCAGCGAUGACACCGAGAGUGAGGACGAGGAGAUCUGGGAGGAGCUGCAGAACCUGCGCCAGAAGCACCUGGCUGAGGUGCAGCUGCUGCAGAGCACCCAGAAGAAAGAGAUCGAGGAGCUGUACCAGCGGAUGGGGAAGCAGCCGCCGCUGGGCAUCGUCUCGCCCGCCGCGAUGCUCUCCAGCCGCCAGCGGCGCCUCUCCAAGGGCAGCUUCAACCCCUCCCGCCGCAACAGCCUGCAGCGCCUGGAGCUGGCGCAGCCCCCAGGCAUCAUGCGCCGCAACUCGCUGAGCGGCAGCAGCACCGGCUCGCAGGAGCAGCGGCUCAAGGGCGUGACCUUCGCCGACGACUUGGGCCGGAUGCCAGCUGGCCAGGAGUGAAUUCAUGAACUACCUCAACCAAGUGCCUGCUGCCCUGGGGGCGGUGAGAGCCUCUGCACCUCCUGGGAGCGCACCUCUGGCCCUGGGGGCAGCCACUGCCCUCAGGCCUUGGUGCCUGCCCUGGGGAAUCUGAUCCCUGCCUUUGCCUUUGUGCCCUUUGCCCACAGCAGGAUACCUGCAGCCUCUGUAUUGGAGGGAGGGCAAGCCAUCCCCACACUCACCUUCCCCACACUCACCUUCCCUUCUUCUGCCCCUGGCAACUCCCUCCUCCUUGUUCCCAGCUCAAGCCCAAUCCCAGCUGCAGGACAAGUGCAAGGUGUCCCCAUCCUUCAUGACUUUACUCCAAGCUGA